GGUUACAUUAAGAAAUUUUGGGGGUGCAGGAAGCAAACCCCAGGCAAAAAUGAAGAAGACCAAUAGCGUUCCGCGGCACUAUUUUAACUGGGCUUUCAGAGGAUUAUCAACUGGGUUCAAGAUGCUGUUUGGUUGUUCCAGAAGUCAUUGAAUGAGAAAGUGUGUGAGGUUAAUGAAGUCACAUUAUCAAUACUGAUUGAUGGCCUCUGCAAGGCAGGACACACUGUUAAGGCUAGUAAGCUGCUUCACUUAUUUGAAGAGAAGGGAAACUGCAAGCCAAAUGUAUUUUCAUAUAACACCGUUAUUGACUCUGUGCAAGGAUCAAAUGUUUGACAAUGCGCUGGGCCUGUUUGAGAAUAUGAUGGAAAAGGGCAUUCCUCCUAAUGUCGUGACCUAUACUUCGCUAAUUGAUGGGCUCUGCAAAUUCAGUCGAUGGGAAGAUGUCAAACAGUUACUGAAAAGAAUGACCGAUUACAGAGUUUCUUUGAGUGUUCACACAUACACCACUCUAGUGAAUGGGUUUUGCAGGGAAGGAUGGAUCGGCGGUGCUGCAAAAAUCAUGAAUAGAAUGAUUCAAUAAGGUGUGGAUCCUAACAGAAUCACUUACAAUGCUUUGAUGGAUGGAUAUUGUUCACAAGGAAAAUUGGAUAGUGCAUUGCAAAUUUUAGAGAUGAUGAUAGAUAGGGGAUGUGACCCUGAUAUUUGGACAUAUAAUAUUUUAAUAAAUGGAUAUAGCAAGAAUGGGUGUUCAGAUAAAGCCAUAAAGCUAUUUGAUAAAAUACCAAGUCAUGGCUUAAAGCCCACACUUAUUAGCUACAGCAUAAUGCUGGACUGUUUAUUUAAGGCAGGGAGAUGUGGUGAUGCUGAGAAGCUCUUUAAAGAGAUGGUGGCAAGCCGAGAACAUCCGCAUCUCAUCAUCUACAACAUUAUUUUGGAUGGAUUGUGCAAGAACGAUCGUGUUCCUCAAGCGCUUUCAUUAUAAAAGAUGAUGGAAGCUAGGAGUUUUGUCCAUGACAUAGUCAUCUAUAAUACUGUCAUUAAUGGACUAUUCAUAGAUAGAAGGCCAUGGAGCGCAAUAGAACUAUUCAAUGCCAUUCCUUCUAAAAGGCUGCAACCAGAUAAGAUAACUUACAGGAGUAUGAUAAGUGGUCUUUGCCGAGAAGGCUUGCUAGAAGAUGCAAAAGAUAUGUUCAAGAAAAUGGAGAAAAAUGGGUACAUGGCUGAUAGCGUGAUAUAUAAUAUACUCAUACGCGGGUCAUUGAAAAAGAACGAGCAUCUUGGAGCAAUAUUGCUUUUGGAGGAGAUGUUAAGACUUGGAUUCUCGGCCAACAAUAGAACCUGUGAGAUUGUACUUGAGACAAUGCUGCAAGAAGGACCAGAUUUCACUCUACUUCAUAUGCUUUUGAAAAAAGAAAUUGAAGGAAAUAGGACUAAAUUCAGCUCUUGAAAUGUUUACCGCGAAAUGUAUGCAUUUGUUAAUCUUCCAUCUGUUUUGAAUGAUAUAUGCUAAUUUAUGAUCAACAAACACAAAGAACCAGAACCCAAUGUGUACUCUCAUUCUUUAUAUAAGUAGUCACUCUUCUGAUUUUAAC